GUGAACAAGAAACAAGCAUUCAAAACGUCGAAUUCCUCCCAACGGAGCUUUCAUAAACACGGAUAACGAGCGCGUGUUAAUACAACAAAAACAAAGAAAAGAUUUUAUUUAAAUCAAAAUCAUAUUAAAUUAAACAUUUAACCAAAGCACAAAACACAGCAACAAAAAAAAAUGGUCAUGGAAAUGUCUAAAACAUAUCAAUACCGUAAGGUGAUGAAACCACUGCUGGAACGUAAACGACGCGCGCGCAUCAACAAGUGUCUCGACGACCUGAAGGAUCUGAUGGUGGAGUGUUUGCAGCAAGAAGGUGAACAUGUCACACGUCUAGAGAAAGCAGACAUACUCGAGCUAACCGUGGAGCAUAUGCGCAAGCUCAAACAACGCGGCAGCCUAUCGUUGCAGUCACAAGCCAGCGCGCAUAUCGAGUCCUUUCGUUCCGGUUAUGUGCAUGCGGCCGAUCAAAUCUCACAAGUGCUGCUGCAACAGUGUCAGGCCGAUGAAUUGGGUGGUAAAAUAAUGAAAUUCCUUUCGACACGUCUCAUCGAAAUGCAACAUCAAUUAUUGCGCUCGUCUGCUGUCGCAACGGCCGUAAGCACAAUGCCACCAAGCGCCAACGUCAGCCUGCUACCACUACCCUUAACACUUCAAAUGCCAAUGCCGUCGGCAAGUUACAACUACAGCGAAUGCGGUGAAUCGCUGAGUUCACUCGAAUCGCCGAGAAGCGCCAAAUCACCAUUGGAUUAUUACAGCGCUGUUAGUGAGGCGACGCAAAGGACAUAUGCAAGUGCCGUCGCCGCUGCAGCUGCAACGUCAGCCAGCAAGGAGCAGGAUCUCAUCGAUGUAACGACUGUGGAUAGCUGUUCGACGCGCGAUACUGCGUCUGUGGUGUCAGUGGACUCCUGUUCGUCCGACCCGAUGUGGCGUCCUUGGUGACUGGCGCUGUUUUAGUUAAGCAUUUACCUACAUAACCCCUAUAUGUAUGUACAUAGUGAAACCGAAAAACAAUUCAAUUGCAAUUGUAACAAUAUCAACAGAAUCGACUGUCUUCCGCGGCGCAUGUUGAAAAGCGGCGGUGGGCGGGCUUUCAUAAUUGCCACAACCCAAUCGCCGUAACGUGUUGGCCACACACACACACACUUGCACACACACACAUGCAUGCAGUGAGUCUUUGCUUUAUUUGUUGUCUGUGAUAUACUCGUAUGUAUUGUACUAUAUUAAUAUUUGUGUGUAUGUAUGCACGUGUAGUAGUGUUAGUGUAUCCAUUUAGAUUUCUGGAUUUCUGCGCAUUUUGCUUUAUGUAAAAUUUAACUCUUCUAUUUGAAUUAAUUGUUAGCUUUAAUUUGACAUUAAGAGAUUUAGUAUUUAUUUGUAUGUGUCUGUAGGAUAUGAGCAACGCAUUAGUUCCAUAAGUUUUUAACAAUCAAAGGAUGUAAACUUGUAUUCCUCCAAUUGGUAUGUAGCUUUAACGGCGAAUGCCAAGCAAUUCAGUAAACAAAUAUGUCACAUAAUAAAUUUAGAAAA